AUGUUUUAUGUUGUUCUAGAGCUUGAGACUAGCCACCAAGUUGAAACGCCCAAAGAUCACUCCCGAAUAACUAAAUGUUCAUAUCAAUUUAUCAAUUCGGAAACACUGCAAGCAACCUUUGAGGAGCCCAAAUCAAUUGAUAUUCCAGAUAUGGCGAAUGCGUUUAAAGAUACCAUUUCCCAAUUGGAAGCUGAUAUUAAAGCGGAAAUUGUCGAUUUUAGCGAUUUUGUUUUAUGUUCAUUGUUCUCAGUCUGGGAUAUCCGUGUUACUUUACCACGUCAAGCUCAUGAUCUUGGAUUCAUUCUGCCUUCAUAUUUAAAACACCCAAGAGUCUUUAAUUUGUGGAAGGAAUUUGAUAAGUGGUGUGGUAAUCAUCCUGAAGUUAUUCCCAUGAGGAAAAGUAACCUGAGAGUUAAGUCACCCAAAACUGCUGGAGAUAUUUCUGAUAUUGUGAACAUUUUGGAAAUUGAUACUUCCCUUCAAGUUCCUCUUUCCACUUCUAAUCCUCAGACGUUGCUAAGCAUCCAAGAUUCAACUAAUAUCCUAACCAAGUUGCGUAAGAAAUGCACUACUUUGGACGAUGUACAAUUAGUUUUAACAAGACCAUACGAUUCAUAUGCUGAUAUCAAAACAUUUUUGCAAGAACGUUCGAGAGUUCUAUACAUGAAUAAUCUUCCGUCAGAUACUACCCAAAGCGAACUUGAAUCAUGGUUUACACAAUUCGGUGCAAGACCUAUAGGAUUCUGGACUGCAAAGAAUACGAUAGAAGAGACGUCGAGUAUAAAUAGCAAUUGGAGUUUAAAUGGGAAUCCACUUGUGGAUGAGCAGGACUGUGUUGCUGGGUUUGUCGUGUUUCAAUCACAUGAAGAAGCAACGGAAGCCCUAGUAUUAAAUGGUCGUUCAAUCCUGUCAAAUAUAGCAAACACCAAGCAACCUAGGGUUGUGGAACAUAUUGUGGAAAUUCAACCUUCAUCUACAAGAGUUCUCGAUGCAGGACAGGAUAUUCUAUCAGCUUUCCCUCAAAGUAAAAAUAAACCAAGGCCAGGUGAUUGGAGUUGUCCAUCAUGUGGCUUCUCCAAUUUUCAAAGGCGUACAGCAUGCUUCAGAUGUUCUUUCCCGGCACCAAACAAUAAUAAAGGUUUAAAUAUUUCUGGAACUAGUAACAUUGCAUCAACUAAUCAAAUGCCAGUAGUGAAUAGAAUUCAAAGUACGUUUCCAAUACCCCAAUCUCAUCAGUCAUCAAUUUCUCAAACUUUUCAGCAAUAUAAUAAGCCCUUAACUCCUUCAAAUUCGGGAUCAAGGACACAGAAUUUCCGUCAUAAUGGCAGUAAUAACACUAAUAAUAAUAACAAUAAUAGAUAUAACACCAAUUCCCAAUUUAGCAUGACAUCAGGAGGAAUUACCACAGGAUCCAAUGUCCCUUUCAGAGCAGGUGAUUGGAAAUGUCCGUCUUGUACGUAUCAUAAUUUUGCUAAAAAUGUCGUAUGUUUACGAUGUCGUAUUCCAAAAAUAUCUCAGCAAUCGCAUAAUGGAAAUGAAGGAAAUCAGAGUACUACAUUUACUUCGCACGGUUCAGUACAAGAUCAGUUAGGCAUCUACAAUGAUAACAAUAAUACUGGUAAUGGAAACGCUAGCCUGCUGGAUUUUGCAACUAAUCUCAGUUUUAUUUCAAACUCGAAUUCGAACUCGAAUGCAAUUCCAAAAGAUAUAUAA